GAAGCCAUUUGAUCCCCUUGGCUCUUAUGCUACCAAUUUAUCAAUAUUUUUCUUGCUCUAAAAUUUCUACAACCUCUUCUCCUUUGCUAAAAAUUUAUUUUCAUAGGAAAAAAUUGGGCAGAUUUUUGGGGCAGUUAUGGUUUGCUCAAUAUAAAAAUUCAAACAUUUAGUAAGAGUUUCAAAGGGGGGGGGGGAGCAUGGCAGCACUAAGGGCUCUUCCCCUUUCUUCUUCACAAAGUUGCUACCCUUGUUAUAAUGGAGGACUCUUUCCAAAAACUGCUACAUCAUGUAAGGCCACUAAAUUUGGAGGUGUCUGGGCUAAGUUGGAGGGAGAGGAAGGUGAACCCAACAAGCCCAAACAAUCACUACUCGGAAGCCUCACUGAUGCCCUUGAUUUCUCCCAAGUUAGGUCUGCCGAAGAUGCUGAGCUUCUAGAUGAAGCUAGGGAGGCCACCAAAUCUGGUGGUAGGAUGAGUAGGGAGCAGUAUGGAGCUCUAAGAAGGAAGAUUGGUGGGACCUAUAAGGAUUUCUUCAAAAGUUAUAUCGAUGUGGAUGGACAAUAUGUAGAGGAUGGGUGGGUGGACAAGACAUGCAAGGUGUGCAAGAAAGACACAAGGGGAGAACCAAGGCAGAUUGAUAAUUUGGGCAGAUUGGGUGGAAAUUUCUGCAAUGGCACAUGGCGAUUAUUUAGCAGAGCCUCAUCAACUAGAAAGAGGGGAGACACAAAAGCUUGAUCUGGAUUCACAAUAAGGCCAGCAUGGUCAUGAAGAUUGAAGAUGUCCUACAAAUUUGAGGCUACGGAAGAGAUGCUAAAUGGUUUCCAGUUGUUAAGCGAAAAAGUGAGUAUCAUGCAAGGUGAAGUGUUCGGAAGUAGACCAGAGGGACCAUUAUUACAAGGCCUACGUCAUUAGCUGGGCCACGAUUUGGGCUUUUGGGUCUUCCUGCUGGUCUUCGCGGUGGACUUUUAGGUGUAGAAGAUUGGGGAAUUUGGGGUUUUAUGCAGCAUAAUCUCUAAUUCCGUGAUCUUUAUGGUGGACGGACUUUUAGGUGUGGAA